AUGGAAAUGGGUGAAAAUAGUUUUUAUUUAAUACUAAAUCGUGCAUUAAUAUCAGAAAAUCAUCCGUCAUUAAAACCAUGGUAUUUAUAUUUAAAGUUAUUUGAUAAUGCAUUACAAAAAUUACCAUCACAAAAAAUGAUUGUAUGGCGUGGUAUACGUAAAGAUGUGACUAAAAAUUUUAAAAAAAAUGAUGUUGUAACAUGGUGGAGUGUGAAUUCAUGUUCAGCGCCAAUUAAUAUAAUUAAAAAUUUCCUGGAUUUACAUAGUACAUUAUUCUUAAUUGAAUGUAUAAAUGCACUUCUCGGCAAAUAUGACGCACAUGCCAUCGCUGUAUGA